AGCAGAAAUAAUGGUGAGCUGUGCUAAUAUUUCUGAUUCCUCAUUUCUGUCACUCCACAGUAGAACCUCGCCCUGUUCCUCCCCUUUGACCUGCAGGGAAGUGCAAGGGAGAGGAGUUGGGAGAGGAGGAACUGGGAUCGGACUCUGCUCCCGAGCCAGGCUGGGUUUGUUCCGGGGUAAAAUCAAACUGUCCGUCCUUUACAGGAAACAGCACACAGGGAGCAGAGAGAAGACUGUUCCUCAUUUGAUUUCACCAGGCAGGAGGAGGCUUCACAGCUCAGCCCAUCUCAACAGCUGCUGGUGCCAAAAGGAUCCCAGGAACAGCAUCUGGGGAGGAACCUGAAAGACUCCUGCAGCAGUGACAUCCUGUACCACAGAAAAUCACACACACAGGAAUCACCUCCAGAGACAAAAUGUUUGCAGCCUAUUUUGAUUGCCCAGGAGGCCCAGAAAACCUCUAUAUGAAAGAAGUGAUGAAACCAGACCCAGGAGAAGGAGAAGUUCUUGUGAAGGUCUCUGCUAGUGCUCUGAAUAGGGCCGAUUUACUCCAGAGAAGAGGGAAGUACCCUCCCCCCAAAGGAGCAAGUGAUAUUUUAGGCCUGGAAGCAGCAGGGAGCGUGGCUGGGCUGGGUCCCGGCUGCUCAGGCCGCUGGAAGAUCGGCGAUGCAGUGAUGGCUCUGCUCUCCGGGGGAGGCCAGGCACAAUUCGUGACAGUGCCCGAAGGCCUCCUGAUGCCAAUUCCCAAAGACAUGACUUUUAUUCAGGCUGCAGCCAUUCCUGAAGCCUGGCUAACAGCAUUUCAGCUGCUCCAUUUUGUAGGUAAAGUACAGGAGGGUGAGAGAGUGUUGAUCCAUGCUGGAGCCAGUGGGGUUGGCAUAGCAGCCAUUCAGCUGGUGAGACUGGCAAAGGCUAUUCCCAUUGUGACAGCGGGCACUCAGGAGAAAUUGGAAGCAACAGCAAAGGCUGGAGCAGCUGCAGGGUUCAACUACAAGAAUGAAGACUUCAGUGAAAAGGUCUUGGAGUUCACACAAGGUUCUGGAGUAGAUAUUAUUUUAGAUUGUGUUGGUGCCUCAUACUGGGAGAAGAAUCUCAACUGUCUGAGUACGGAUGGCCGGUGGAUUAUUUAUGGACUGCUGAGUGGAGGUGAAGUCCAUGGGGAUUUGCUGGCAAGGCUGCUUUCCAAAAGAGCCAGCAUCCACACGAGCCUGUUACGGUCCCGAGAUAAGAAGUACAAGGAGCGGCUGGUGAGAGCCUUCACUGAAGAGGUGCUGCCCCACUUUUCCGGGGGGGCUUCCCCGCAUCUCCAACCCCUCGUGGACAGCGUUUACCCCCUGCAUGCCAUCGCUGAGGCACACAGGGCUAUGGAGGAGAACAAGAACAUCGGCAAAAUCGUCAUAGAAAUUCCCGUUUGCUUCAAGAAAGGGCCGCUGCAGUAGCUGCUCUGGGACGGCCACUGCGGGGGCUGCACUGCGGCCAUCCUGCCGCUUCUGCUCCACACCGGGACCGAUUGGUGUGGGCGAUGAGGAGGGGGAAAGGAUAAGGAGAAAGCGUUUAUUAAA